GCGGAAGUGUUCUUGCCGACUGUCAGAACAGUUUAGUGGAACUGGUGGUAGUGGUACUGGUUUGGUGGAGCCUGGGGCAGUUGCGUCCGUUCCUUUUUUCCUGGCCCUGCAGCGCUUCCCCCGUGGCGGUGGGAGUGCGGAGACAAGAGUGAGAUAUGAGUACCAUGUUCGCGGACACACUGCUCAUCGUUUUUAUUUCUGUGUGCACGGCUCUUCUUGCUGAGGGUAUCACCUGGGUCCUAGUUUACAGGACAGACAAAUACAAGAGACUGAAGGCAGAAGUGGAAAAACAGAGUAAAAAAUUGGAAAAGAAGAAGGAAACGAUAACAGAGUCUGCAGGUCGACAACAAAAAAAGAAAAUAGAGAGGCAAGAAGAGAAGCUGAAGAACAACAACAGAGAUUUGUCAAUGGUUCGAAUGAAAUCCAUGUUUGCCAUUGGCUUCUGUUUUACUGCUUUAAUGGGAAUGUUCAAUUCUAUAUUUGAUGGUAGAGUGGUGGCAAAGCUCCCUUUCACCCCCCUUUCCUAUAUCCAAGGACUGUCACAUCGAAAUCUCCUAGGGGAUGACACCACAGACUGUUCCUUCAUCUUCCUGUAUAUUCUCUGUACCAUGUCUAUUCGACAGAACAUCCAGAAGAUUCUUGGCCUUGCCCCUUCACGAGCUGCCACCAAGCAGGCAGGUGGAUUUCUUGGCCCUCCACCUCCUUCUGGGAAGUUCUCUUGAAGUCAAAAACAACCCGAUAACUCCUGUCAUUCUUUUUUAGACAUUCAUAUCAGACUGGAAACUGUUUUGUAGCAAGAGCCAUAAGCAGCCUUAGCAGGCUGCUUUUUAUUUUUGAGUUAUUUCUAGACUUUUUUGAUAUGAUUCAAAUGAGAAUGACACACAACAAAUAUGAUAGUACUUUUGGUCACAGAUUUAAAAAAAAAAACUGUUGAUGAGAUAAA